AUGACAGCCGUGGACGUGGGCGCCCUUCUGGACGCUGGGGACGGCGCCGUGGUGACGCCGGUGGCAGGCGACAACCGGCUGGCGGCGCACAGGGCCGUCCUGGCAGCCAGGAGUCCUGUGUUCGCCACCACGUUAAGGCGCGACAUGCUGAAGACCAGCGCUGGCGAGAUCAGCAUCGCAGGUGUGGGGGGCCCGGUGCUGCGCCGACUGGUCUCCUACCUGUACACCCCGCAAGCCCCCCAGCUGCCCGGUGUGGCCCCCCAGCUCCCUGGCGUGGCCCCCCAGCUGCCCGGCGUGGCCCCCAGCUGCUGGUCGCAGCAGAUAGGCAGCCUCAAGCGGGCCACACUGGCGUUCAUUAAGGCACGCACCCACGAGGUGGUGGCGACAAAGGGCUGGGAGGAUGCGGUGCGCGAAAGACCAGAAGAGUUGAUCGAAGUCAGUCGACUGCUAUGUGAGCCAACACCACAGACCAGAUUACCAGCCGCUACACAGCUUAGGCACACCACUGCCACCACCGCCACCAUCACCACCGGCAUGGCCGCCACCACCGCCAACACAGCCGCCAUCACCAACACCGCCACCACCGCCACGACCUCUGCCGUCACAGCCCACCAGACUCUUGCUGCAGCUGCAGCUGCACCGCCCACGACUCCUCCACCUCAUGAAGGCACUGUCUCUCGGAUGCGGAGCCUCUCUGGAGAGCAGAGAGUAUGGAGGCUGAUCCAGGCGGCUCGGCAGGGGGCAGUAUGGGAGCUAAGGGCACUGCUCGCAGUGGGGGCGGACGUGGGGGCGAUGGGUGGAGGUGGGUGGACCGCCCUGCACUGGACAGCAUGGGAGGGACAUGUGGAGACGGCGAGGUGCCUACUGGAGGCCGGGGCGCCAGUGGACGCCUGGGACGACGGUCUGAAGAGGACGCCUCUGUUCUGUGCUGCACAGAGGGGCCAUGCAGCUGUGACGCAGCUGCUGCUAUCGGCCUCCGCCGACCCAAACUUCAAGGAUGUGGAUGGGUGGACGCCGUUGCACUUUGCAGCUCAAGGUGGCAGCCCAGAAGUGGCAGCUGCACUGCUCGAGGCGGGGGCCGACCAGGAAACCAGAAAUGAUGAUGGGGACACAGCCCUGGACAUCGCCAGGCAGUGUAACAGGCGGCAGCUGAUCGAGAUGCUGUCAUCAGGCAGCCAGUCCAAAAAACUCCCUCUGCAAUAA